AUGGACACCCCCGCGGUCCCCAUGCCGCGCAACGCCCGCGAGCUUGCCGUUCUUGAGCGCCUCACCGAGAUACGCGACAAGCUCCUUUUGCUCAAGCAAGACAGAACCACAUAUAUCCGCAGCCAAGAUGUUCUGCCGCUUUACGACCAGACCAUUGCGCAGGUCAAGGAACUCACAACCGUCCGCGCAGAGACGGGCUCCAGUGACGAGAACAGAGUCGACAAGGUGCUCGAGGCAUGCUUCCAGCUCCUGUCGCUCUUCUACCUGACCAUAGGCCGCAACGACGAGGCCCCCGCUACAUAUGCGCUUACUUCGACGAUCAAGAGACUACUUGACCACCUCAUCGAGGCGAACCUGUACUCAUCGAAGGAUCUCGAGAGCCUCAAAGCGACGCUGGAGAAACUAUCUACCAACAUUAGCCGCUCGAGCAAUGAUGACACCCCGGGCCCCCAGCACUCGCCCUACCUGCUGGAGCUCUUGUCGAAACGUGUCGAACGAUGCACUGCGACGCUGGCCAAGCUGCAGAAGCGCCUGAGCACUCUCGACGAGGCUUCGCUUCCGACCUACGAAAAGCUCAUCUCUAUCCUCCGCUCCAUUUCCUAUGCCAAUACCAGAUUCAAAUUCUCUUCGAGCGAAGUCCAGAAGCUGCAGAAGCAGUUGUACGAGAUUGGCGAAAAGUACAACGGAGGCCAGUUCUGUGUCGCAGGCUCAGAAUCGCCAGGGGCUGCCACCAUGCAGGAAGUCUAUGACAAGUGCUCUCGCUGGUCCGAGAUUGUGCUAGAAAGGCAUGAAUUCCAAUUAAAGCGCACUCGAUCGCUCGCUAACAGUCAAUGCAGAAAGGGCGACGUCCCCGAACCGUUCCGCGAAACAUACCGGGCACUCGUCGGCAUCCGCAACGAGCUGGAAAAGCUAUCCCUCACACAAGCCUGGUCGCUCCGCGAGACUGACCUGUACGAUUUCCAGCGCAAGCUCGACAAGAUUGACGAGAGCCGACAAAACGGCAACUUUUUUGAUGAUAAGGGCCGCCCUGCCGAUUUGUGGACGCAGCGCACCAUGCUAUAUCUGAUUCGACGAAGCUACGCCUACAUUUACUCCUUCAUGCUGUCCUCUGAGCCGGUCUCUGAGGCACUACUGCCCAUCUACAACCAGCUGCAGACACUGAAGCGCUGCCUCAUUGAGGUCAAGGACAACGGCGGCGUCUCGUCUGUUCGGGAACUUUACCCUUAUAGCAUGAAGCUCGCUUCUCUGGAUAAUAUGCGCGUGGAUGGCAAGUUUGUCGUCAAUGGUGACAUUCCCGAAGGGCAAAGCAGUGUGUCGGAGCUGCUUGCCGAGUGCUUUGACUUGAAUUACGACCUGCGUGUGGCUGCCGACGAAGACAUCGCCAACAACGCCAAAUAA